UGUUAACAAAACAAAAGUAUGCAUUGAGCAGUGAUUUUUCUUUUGUGCAUUUUUCUUUUGUGCAUUUCCUAUUUAUAAAUAAGUUUAGUAAAUUGGCCACGAAGCAGUUUUAAUUUCAACAAAGGACAGCUCAAUCAUGAUGAAUUUGCUCCCAAUAGAAGUUAUUGAAAGGAUUAUUUUAAAAUGUGAUGGAAAAACAUUGUUGAACAUACAGAAAAUCGACGAAAAUUGGUGCCAGCUCAUAGAAUAUCUCACACAGAAAACGGAAAUUUGGAAGUGGUGCGUUCACGAGGAAAUUCCGAAGAACGAGUUGGUGGAAUACUGCCAAAAAUACAGCGAAUCGCCGGCAGACUACCGUAAAUGGCAAUCUAUCUAUCAAAAAUGGUUGGUAUGGCAGAAUUUGGGCGACGAUAUCAACUACGAAAUUUACUCGACGCCUAUCGAGAUGGCCAGGAUUUCGUGCAUGGCCGUCUGCGGCAAUCACGUCGCUUUAGGCAGCGAGGACGGCCGCCUUAAAAUCUAUAAGACGACGUGGGCCAUGGUGCAUUCGUCUAGGAGGCUGGCGGUGAAAAUCAAGAGUCUCGCUUUCAUAGACUGCGGCACCAAAGAAAAAGAGAUACUCUGUAUAUUAAUCUCGCACGCAACCGGUUUACUUGUUUCCGAAAUUAACUCGUUUAACAACGAAAUCGUCAUUCCCGACGUUGUCUCACAUAGCGUGUUCGGAUCGUACAUUUGCUACGAACAGGUUGUCUGCAGGACGACGAUAUGCAAACUGGUAAAAUUAGACGACGACCACUUGCAAUUGAAAGUAAUUUGGUACUCGCGCAUUUACUCGCCCAGAUGCAUGAACAUGUGGAACGGGAUAUGUACAUUUUUGAUAGACAGCGUCGUCAAGUACAUUGAGUACGAAAAGCCCGAAUUUACGCCCAUGUACGAUUUGAAGGAGAAGACGUUCAUAGACUUUAAGUUUACCUCGCAGGAUAAUAGUUAUUCCUGUCAGAGCAGAAGGAUAUUAAGGGAUGACGUCGUCAUAACCAUUUAUAAAAACGAUGAUCAAGAAAAGUCAGAUUUUAUCGAGUUCUGCUUCUUGGACGAGUCCAAUGGAUACAGUACCAAGUUAUUUAACAGCUCAGAUGUAUUUUUGUUUAAUCGAAUAACGUGCAUUUUCGUGUACGGAAACACUUUAAUCAUUGGUUUGGAUAUUGGAAACAUUUAUAUGUACCAUGUUUCGUCGUGGAAAAAUUUAAACUUGAGGAAUUACGACAAAAAAUUAAUAAUCGGAAGACACCCCAUUAUUAGUAUAGAAGUUAAAGAGGAAGACGACGAAAGGCGAUUUUAUAUUGCCAGCCGAUUUUGUGUCCAUCAACUAACUGGUUACUCUCUUAAAUACAAAAAUUUAUAAUUGCCAAUUGGCCAAUUUUUAAGUAGGUGAUUAAGAGAGUAACCAGUUCAUCUUAUUCUUUUACAUCUGUAGUUCUUUAAGGAACAUGUUUUAAAUUAAUUAAUAUUAAUUUUAAGUAUAACAAAAGUGGUUUUGAC